CCGGAAGCGGAACGGGUAAAGGCGGAAGUGAGGGCCGGGGCCUGCGAGAUUCACCUGCGGAGGGGGGGGAGCGGCGCUCCGGGCGUUGCAACCUGCCUCCAGGUGGAUCCCAGCGCAGAACCUACAGCAUCCUUAACUCUUGGCACUCCUGCACUCUGAGGCCACGAUGGCAGGUCGAGGUGGAGCCGCUCGACCGAAUGGACCAGCUGCUGGAAACAAAAUCUGCCAGUUCAAACUUGUUCUACUGGGAGAGUCAGCAGUGGGGAAGUCCAGCCUCGUCCUGCGCUUCGUGAAGGGACAGUUCCACGAGUACCAGGAGAGCACAAUCGGAGCUGCCUUCCUCACACAGACUGUUUGUCUGGAUGACACAACGGUGAAGUUCGAGAUCUGGGAUACAGCGGGGCAGGAGCGGUACCACAGCCUGGCCCCCAUGUACUACCGAGGGGCACAGGCAGCCAUCGUUGUCUACGACAUCACUAACACAGACACAUUUGUACGAGCCAAGAACUGGGUGAAAGAGUUGCAGAGACAGGCUAGCCCCAAUAUUGUAAUUGCACUAGCAGGAAACAAGGCAGACCUUGCUACCAAGAGAGCUGUGGACUUCCAGGAUGCACAAACAUAUGCAGAUGACAACAGCUUGCUGUUCAUGGAGACGUCGGCAAAGACAGCGAUGAAUGUGAAUGAAAUCUUCAUGGCAAUAGCCAAGAAACUGCCAAAAAAUGAACCCCAGAAUAUCCCUGGUGGCCCAGGGAGGAAUCGGGUGGUUGACCUUCAGGAGAGCAGCCAGCCAAGCAGGAGCCAGUGCUGCAGCAACUGAGCAGCCCCUUCCUGCCCGACGGAGCCCUUGAAUGACGUGACUGGAAUCCACUCUAACAAUCGCACUUACCAUAGAGCGGCUGCUGCCGGUGGCUGCUGUGAUUUCUCCAUCCCUUUCUGAUCAUAGGCUGGAGGGGAGUUUCUUCCACCUGCACCUUUCUGUACAAAUACUAAUUCAAUUCUAAAGUCUUACAAGUCACUUUUUUUAAGUAUAUGAACUUCUCUUCCCUCUUCCUGGUGGUGGUAGUGGAUGCGUGACCUGGUGUCUGCCCAGCCGGCUCCUCCCUUCCCACAGCGGAGGGUCAGCAGCACCCAGGUCCCACAGUACUGUAGUUCACUCUUGGAAACAAAGGGAUAUCAGGGGCCAACUCAGCCACGUUUCACAUCACCCCUGUGCAAGAGCUGGGGCUGACACCCGUACGAUACCGAAUACAACAACCACUAAACUUGUAGCAUUACAGUGACACUUGGGGCUCUUCAGCCACUUAUUGACCAAAUCAGUGAUGAGUAUUCUGGGGUGGGCAGAGGGAAGCAAAACUGGUUUCUUCUGUAUUUUAUAUUGUAUGUUUCUUCAUGUAACCAAUCAGUAUCUUGUCAAUAUAGUACAUACAACUAGCUGCCUGUUGUCUUUAUUUGUGUUGGGCUCUAGCAUGCCAACUCGUAUCUCUCUUUUCUAUCUCCACUUCUGUUGUUAAUGCACUAAAAUCCUGUUGCAACUUUUGCAGAGAAAAAAAAGAGAAGAAAAAUCUUGUAUAGAAAACUGUCCUUUUCUUUGAUGGUUGUGAUGCCACUAAUGUUGUUAACCCUCCUCCAGUGUGAAUACACGUGCUUUACUGAUGUACAGAGAUGGGUUGGGGGGGGGGGAACCCCUCAGAUGAUUUGUCAGUGGAAACAGUAUGUGUUGCAAAAGGCUGUAAUUCCACAAAGUGUGAAGGGAGGAAUUAAAUUGGCUUCUGUUGCCAGGCUCUAACUGACAUUGGCUGCUGCUGAGUGCCUAAUGCAAUGUCUUUUUGCAUACUGGUAUUUAAGAGGAACUGUCAUCUUUGGUCUUCAUCACAAACUUCAGUUUGGUGUGAUUAAAACUGCAAUUUUUAUAAACCUA